UGUUCCCCGCCAGCCUCGGCCCCCCGGGUCCCCCAGUCAACAUCACCCCCCGCAAGCCUCAGAGGUACGAGCUGCGCUGCAUCAUCUGGAACACGAGGGACGUGGACCUGCAGGACACCAGCCUGACGGGCCAGAGGAUGAGCGACAUCUACGUCAAAGGGUGGCUGGACGGGCAGGAGGAGCACAGGCAGAAGACGGACGUGCACUACCGCUCGCUGCGGGGAGACGGCAGCUUCAACUGGCGCUUCGUCUUCUCCUUCGACUACCUGCCCGCCGAGCAGCUCUGCGUCUUGCCCAGAAAGGAGCACUUCUGGAGCCUGGACGAGACGGUGCUGAAGGUGCCCCCCAAGCUCAUCCUCCAAGUGUGGGACAACGACAAGUUUUCGGCCGAUGACUUCCUCGGUGUCCUGGAGCUGGAGCUCACCAGCCUGCCCCGGCCGGCCCCUCAGGAUUUCACAGCCACGUUCAGGUAUCCCCACGCUGCAGAGAAACGGCUCGGUGCUGCCAGCGCCCCACAGCCCAGCCCGUCCUCCUAA